AUGAUGGAGCCGAGGUGGGUGUGAUUACACUGUCUGCCUCGCUCUGCUCUUUUGCUCAAUUCCUUUGUCGUCAAUCGACGAUUAAACAUUGCCUUUCGACACCACUAAGGACAAAUUGCUGUGCUUUACAUGUGAAGAGGGGUUUCAGCCCGCCAACUUGUAAGAUAGGUAGCUACAGUUGCUAGUUAAUUUAUUCAGGUUGUCUGCCAGUGUCUGUGUGCCCCUGCGGAGCUGACAGUGAAGCCGAGUCCAUUGUUUCCUCAGCACCAGUUUGCUAUUCGUGCAUUUGCAGGUGGGUUGAGAUGGAUAUCAGUGUCGGUGGUAUUUGUUUAGCUAUGUCAAGUUAAUGCGUGAUAUUGUAUAAUCUUUCAUAAUGUAAUGAUUCAUAAUUGUGUAUUUGUUUUUAUGAAAUUGAAAUCUGUCAUUCUGUCAUUGACAUGAGUAGGUUGCGAUUACUGUUGGUCGUUUGUAUUCAGUCUUUGUUGCGAGUGGUGUCUUGUUUUGCAGCUGGUCUUAGCGUAGGCACGCCUCGGCCUUUGGCUAGGAAUUGGCUUUAACUCAGUUGCAAUGAUUGAAUUUGAAUGCUCCAAUCUGACUGUCAAUUCAGACCACACCUGGUUAGCUAGUAAAGUUCAUGUUGUUCUCUGACCUGUAUUCACAAUGGUGCUCCCUUUAUUGUCUUUGUGCAAUAAUCAAAUCCAAUGCCAGGGAAAGAAUGUUCUCUGCUCACAUGAUAUUGCCAUGGCAAGGUAGAAGACAUUCUAUUUUAGUAAGCUUAAUUUAUGCUCUGGUAUUUGUUCCUGAUAAACAAGGAUGGGAACGAAUUCAUGUCCACGCCCUUUUUGUCUCCAUUGAAAUCACCUAUUUUAAAUAUUUGCCAGCUCUUGUUUUGAAUAGGUGCAGUAAGGCUACUGUGAAAUCUAUUCUCAAUCAUUUGAUGUAUGUCUGUAUCACUAAUAUUCAUGCUACAUGUCGAACAUUAAUACAAGUGAUCCAUCUCCAACGGUCAUCUUAUAGACAUCAAUACACCCAAUUGAAUUCUUAUUAGGCACAUAGCAUGGCUCUCCACCUUCAGAAUCAAUAGUUGUCAUUGCUUGUAUCAAUCAGUAUUUCUGUUCAUUCACUGAUUAGUGAAUGCAUGCAUCUUUGACAUAUUGUCUUUCUGUCAUUAAACCUAUGGCUUUGUCUGUAUUUUUCCUCCCAGGCAUAGCAACUCUCAGUACUCUGCUGAAAUGGCGUCCUCUGGAGGUAAGUGUUAACAUGACAGGCCUUUAUUACACUAUUACAGUGGGCUCCAAAAAAUAUUGGGGCAGUUUUGUGCCCAAUAGAAAUUAAUGGUAAAUAAUGUAUUGUCAUUUUGGAGUCACUUUUAUUGUAAAUAAGAAUAUAAUGUUUCUAAACACUGUCCCAAUACUUGUGGAGCUCACUGUAUAAUAGUAUUGCACAUUUGCAGACUGCAGAUGCAAAUCAGCUUCACUAUUGUAUUGUUCAGGUGCUAUAACUCUAUGCUGUUACCAGUUUGAUACCUACUUGUAUCAACAUUGAUGGAUUCCCUAUUUUCACAGAGAUCCUGGUCAAGGAGUUGGACAAGCGUGCUUCAGGUCAAGCAUUUGAGGUAAUCUUGGCCCCCGAUGCCAAGGGUGAAAUCCCCCUACCUCCCCCGAAGGAGAAGAAGGAGAUGUCCCUGGAGGAGAUCCAGAAGAAACUGGAGGCUGCAGAGGAGAGGCGCAAGGUACCUACAGUCAGAUAUACACAAAUAAGUAUAAGGAAAUAGAGCCGCAUCCACCUUACAGGUUUAGUUCAUUUAUAUUUUAUUAUUUUCUAGCUCAGGAUUGGUCCCACUAUCCUACCACUAACUUCCUGUGUGACUUUGACUUUCUCAUUUGAUCAGAGUCAUGAGGCAGAAGUGCUGAAGCACUUAGCUGAGAAGAGAGAGCACGAGAAGGAAGUGCUGAAGAAAGCCAUGGAGGAGAACAACAACUUCAGCAAGACUGCAGAGGAGAAACUCAAUCAGAAGAUGGAAGCCAACAAAGAGAACCGCACGGCACGAAUGGCAGCGCUCAAUGAGAAAUUCAAGGAGAAGGUAGGCCUCACUGCUCAGUCUGCCAUUUUGCUCAGUCAUCUUGAUGUAAUUUUCUGCAAUCCUGAAUUUAAGAGAGAAUUUCAAAUGGAAAGGCCCAGGUUCUGGAAAUGGGAUGGAUAUCUGUUGGUUGAAAUUCCAUGCAUUCUGUUAAGUUAUACUUAACUAAUCAGUUUAACUAAUGUGAUUUUCAUGUUUUUUAUUAAUUCUAGGAUAAGAAGCUUGAGGAGGUACGAAAGGCCAAGGAAACAAAACCAGAGGGGGAGAACUGAUUUUUAUUUUGUAAUACUUUUGUUUUUACUUGUGCAAAGAUAUAUUUGUUUCUGUUCGUUGCCAGUAUUAUUUUUUUCGUUGUUAUAGUUUUGUUCACCUUGUAAGGAUUAUUUAGGCUAUCCGUUGUUGCUUUUGUUGUGGAUGUGUAAUAAUUUAUUCCCCCACCUCCAGUAGUGUAUUGCAGCUUAUGACCUUUGAAAUAAGCAGUGUUUUUACCUAUAAGGAAGCAUGCCACUGUUACGCAUAGGUCCUUAACAUUGUGAAUUGCAUAAUGCAAGUAAAUCCUUGUACCUUGUAAAGCUGCGGAUAUCUUGAGCUUAAUAAAGUUGCAAUUGUUCUUUAAAACCUCUAAAAGUCUUAGCCGUUGGGGGGGGAGGGUACUAAGCUAACAUAUUAAAUUGUUUUAAUGAUGGUCAUACCAUGGAUCAUUUAGCUAUUUGAUUUUGAAAAAAUAUUUAAUUAUUUGAUAAAAUAUUGAAUUUGGCCUUUACUACUAUAGCCCAUAGAAACACAUUGAAUAACACAUUCAUAUAUGGCAAAACAAGUAAGCAAUAAGGUUUUGAAGUGUCUGUCCUAUAUCUAGGAGAUAUAAGAAAGCUCAGGAAAUAUAUCUUUUUUUUAAACACAUUUAACCUCUUAUUUUUGUUGGCAUAAAAUGACCAUACUUCUAUUCGUUUGUAUGGGUUACCUUACAUUUUACAUUUUAGUCAUUUAGCAGACACAUCAUAUGUGUGUAGGCCUACAUUGUACAAUCCAUCAGUAACAUAUCACAUUCAAAUAAAUUAUAUCACAUUAAUUUGUACAUAUCCACUGUAUACAUGAAUCAUGGCAAAGUUGGUUCCUGUUUCAGUCAUUUACAUUUUACAUUUUAGUCAUUUAGCAGACGCUCUUAUCCAGAGCGACUUACAGUUAGUGAGUGCAUACAUUUUUCAUACUGGCCCCCUGUGGGAAACGAACCCACAAUCCUGGCGUUGCAAGUGCCAUGCUCUACCAACAGCUACAGGGGACUACCUUCAGACGAGUCCCAUGACACUUGAGGGGGGUGUAGAGCAAAACUGAGUUUUGUUUGAGAGUCUCACAUUUCCAUAGAGUGGUCAUAAUAGUUUGUAGACGCUUCAUAUGUUUUCGUGAGAAAACCGAUUUUCGGGAUGUCUCAUGGUCUGACGAACACCACAGCGUGGAUUGAGACGCAGCCCAUGCAAAAACAAUUUGAUAUCUCUAGCUUAAACUGACGGAUUUUGAUGGGUAUUUUUUUAUUAUGUUACUUAGAUUAACGCACGAGUGCAUCAAUAGACUCCUUAAGGAUUAUUAAUGGUCUUCAUUUAUUUGUGGCUUUUGGGUUGCAGACUGUUACCUACACACCUUCUGUAAUGCUAGUAUUGCCAUUUUGGUCAUUCACAUUUCAUCAUGCAAAUUUGAUAGUCAUUUUCAAAUGGAUCCCACAACAUAGUAGAUGCAGCAUAGUGGAUGAAUAGUGUAUUGUAUCACCCUCAGUAUUUCAAUUAUCUUCAUCUUUUACCUAAAGAUUGGAUAGAGAUUAUUGCCACAUUCGUUUACUCGUUAUUAUAAUUUUCAUCUAGAUGUUCCUGUUAUUCAAUCCAUCUGUUUUGUGAUAUAAGGCCUUGAUAGUGGUACUGGUAAAUAUAAUUACUUGCUAGGAGAAAAAAAAAGGCAACAGUCAUUCCUUUGACUCUACUGACACCUAGUGGUAAUAGCGUAAAGCUGUAAUGUAGAGCAACAGCAGGUGGAAGAUGAAAUUAAGAUUUAUCUUGUCACACAUUUUGUCAGUGUAUAGACAGUGUCUUUUGGGCAUAUGAGUAAUAUUGUUUUAUCAUUAUAAACAAUUAAAUUAACAUGUUUUGUUGAAUUGUUUCACUGAUCAAGUGUACAGCCACACCGUACCUACAAAUGCCAUAUUCUAUUAGAGCCAUACUAUACUGGGAGGUUUGCUGUUAAGGCCUAAAAUUUGGUUGAAUUAAUGCUGACAGUUAAAGACCCAUUGCUGGUAUGUAGCCUACUGCUGGUAUGGCUACAGAUGGACAAAAUCCCAGUGAUGGGUGAAUCUGCAGAAUGGUAUUUUACUUUCUUUGCUUGAUUAAUCGAAGCAGACUUGUGCCAUCAACAGUGUCACUGCUGGACGAAUGUGUGCAGACAGACAUACACACACACACACGUAAGUAUCACGUCUCAGUGCCUGGGUACAUUUCUGCACAGUAUGCCUGGCAGUGCCACACACAGAACCUUAUUUGUCAGCUGUGUGUGUAGAGCAGUCUGUGAUGGGAUUAUAAAGUCAUUAGCUCACUCGUACCACAGUACAGUACUGCUCCAUUCCCCACAAUGCACCACGGAGCUGUGGACCACCGGAGCUUCAAGACCUUUCUCAGCCUGACCUGGAUUCCUAGCAAUUCAAAAUUCCUCCCUUCGGCAAAUCAGAUCACGCCUCCAUUCGGCUCCUCCCAACCUAUAGACAGAAACUUAAACAGGAAGCACCCGUGGUAAGGACUGUUCAAUGUUGGUCUGACCAAUUGGAAUCUAUGCAUCAAGAUUGUUUUGAUCACACGGGCUGGGAAUUGUUCCAAGUUGCCUCAGAGAAUAGUGUCGACGGAUACACUGACUCAGUGACUGGGUUAAUCAGGAAGUGCAUAGAGGAUGCUGUUCCAACUGUGACGAUUAGAACUUAUCCAAACCAAAACCGCGUAUAGAACUACUGCAUUUAACCAUGGCAAGGUGACUGGGAACAUGGACGUGUACAAACAGACCAGCCAUGACCUCCGUAAGGCAAUAAAAAAGGCAAAAUGACAGUAUAGAGACAAAGUGGAGUUGCAAUUCAACGGCUCAGACACGAGAUGUAUGUGGCAGGGACUCUAGACAAUCACAAAUUCUAACGGGAAAGCCAGCCACGUCGCGGACACCGGCGCCUCACUCCUGGACAAGCUAAACACCUGCGCCCGCUUAGAAAACAACAACAUUGAGCCGCCGAUGCGGGCCCCCCGCCGCACACGAGGACUGUGUGCUCUUGUUCUCCGUAACCGACAUAAGUAAUUUAAGCGUGAUAACACUUGCAAGGCUUCUGGCCCAGACGGCAUCCCAAGCUGCGUCCUCAGAGCAUGUCAAGACCAGCUGGCUGGAGUGUUUACGGACAUAUUCAAUCUCUCUAUAUCCCAGUCCCCACUUGCUUCAAAAUGUCCACCAUUGUUCCUGUACCCAAGAAAGUGAAGGUAACUUAACAAAAUGACUAUCGCCCCGUAGCACAUCAUGAAGUGCUUUGAUAGGGUAGUUAAGGAUCAUAUCACCUCCACCUUACCCGACACCCUAGACCCACUACAAUUCGUAUACCACCCCAACAGAUCCAUGGACGACACAAUCGCCAUAGUGCGCUCAAAGCUCAUCACUAAGCUCAGGGCCCUGGGUCUGAACCCCGCCCUGUGCAACUGGGUCCUAGACUUCCUGACGGGCUGAACCCAGGUGGUGAAGGUAGGCAACAACACCUCUGCCACGCUGAUCCUCAACACAGGGGCCCCACAGGGAUGCAUGCUCUGCAUGCUCAGCCCCUCCUGUACUCCCUGUUCACCCAUGACUGCAUGGCCCUGCACGUCUCCAACUCAAUCAUCAAGUUUGUUGACGACAACAGUGGUAGGCCUGAUUACCAUCCACAUCGACGUGGCCGCAGUGGAGAGGGUCAGAAGCUCAAGUUCACAUCCCUGAGUACCUGAAAUGGUCCCUCCACAAUGCCAGCGUGGUGAAGAACAGCGCCUUUUCAACCUCAGGAGGCUGAAUACAUUUUAUUUAGAGAAGUCUCUGUGGUCAGCUUCGACAAAUAUGAAACUACACUUUGAGCAAGUUCUAAAAUAAGCCAUACAUUUCUAGAGUAAUAUAAAAAGCAACGAUGAUGAGGUACUGUACCAUUCAUCAACAAGGGCCCCCUCCUACGGGAAAUGUACAUGAUACAAAUGUGCGGAAAUACAAUAAUUACACAAUUGUUAUACAAAAUUAUUUUUAACACACUAAAUAUGCAUUCUACCCUAUCUUUGCUUAAACAAACACCUGAAAAGCUAGUUUGGAGUGCAUUUCUUGUUCCUAAAUACAUUUGGAAAUGUAUUGGAAAUAGGUUACCAAGUCACAUACCAGGCAUGGAACAUGUUCAAAUUGCAAACAAGAAUGUGUUAAUCUUGUGUGACAUUUCUGGUUCGGCCCUUGCCUAUAUUGUUUUAGAGACACCUGUUAAGUCUGAGAAAAUAUUCACUGUGUGACAGAAGGCUGUGCACAUCUAUGUGCACUUUAUAUAAUUGUACAAGAAUGUUUAUGUAUUGUACAAUACCAUCCACAUAAAGAGGUCUCAGCAGGUGGUAUUGUCAGCCUUCACAGAAAGGGAGACAGCUGAGACACCGCUGGAAUUGUUUUGAAAGUCUGGACUGGGUCUGACUGAGUAUAUACAAUGCAAGCCUUUCACAGACGCAUCCACAGUGUUUCAUACAAAGACACAUUGACAAUGCUACCCCCUGCGUGGGAGGAGGGAGAAUGUGAUCCUUUAUACAGUGACUGGACUAAGGAGUAAUACAAAAAUUGCUUGACUUGAAAUACAAAUGAGUUUCAGUUUACUGUGAACCAUAUUGGUGGUGGACGAACAAUAGGUGUCUCAUCAAUAGCCAAACUUGUGCUGAGUUAGGUCAUUUCACAUGUGGGCUAACUUCUAAGUUGGAGGUUUCUAUUGCAAAGUUACUGUGGGCCUAUAUCUAUUGGUUUAGCACUCUGGUAGACACCCAAAUUUAAAGUCACAUCAUUAAUGGAUGAGGAUGAAAUGACACUGCCAUAAAGUACACUGUAAUAAAUACCAAUAACAAAGUGUCAAUGCCAAAGCCUAUUAUUGUUUUAGGAGGGGAACCAAGCCGCUGAUCAUGUAGUGAUCGUACUUUGCUGAAAGGAAACAGAAAAAUAAAUGUACCAUUAAAUAUAGGCCUAUGCACUUGCACAUGCAGACAUGCACUCGCACGCACGGACACGCACACACACACACACACACACACACACACACACACACACACACACACACACACACAGUAUUGCGCAGCUAACCUUGUGGGGACAUACAAUUCAGUCCCAUUCAAAAUCCUAUUUUCCCUAACCCCUAACCGUAAACCUAACCCGUACCCUUACUCUAACCUUAACCCUAAGCUUAACCCUAACCCUAAACCUAACCCAGCUCCUAACCCUAACCCUAAAACUAACCCUAUCUCCUAACCCUAACCCUAAACCUAAUUCUAACCCUAACACUAAUUCUAACCUUAACCCUAAACCCCCUAGAAAUAGCAUUUGACCUUGUGGGGACCAACAAAAUGUCCCCAGUUGGUAUUUAUUUUUUGCGUUUACUAUUCUUGUGGGGACUUCUGGUCCCCACAACACACACACACACACACACACACACACACACACACACACACACACACACACACACGCACACCUCUCCAAUAGACUUUCAAAUCAGUAAAACAAGUACAUAAUUUAGCUGAUAAUUUAUGGGGAGUGGGUGUUUCUUCAUUUUCAUAGCACACACAUGCAUUUCAUUCCCUGACAGUGUGCAGUCAAAUAAGACCUACGCUAUUGGUGAGAAUCUAGUAACAGGAACGGUACACCAUAUCUAACCGCUGAUUGGUUAGAAUAUCUGUUUGUCAAAGGCUCUAUUAACAGGACCGGUACACCAUAUCUGACCGCUGAUUGGUUAGAAUAUCUGUUUGUCAAAGGCUCGUGGAUCUUUGACUACAGAUAGCGUCUUGUUAAAUAUAUAUAUAUUAAAAAACCGACAGGCGCUCCACCCGCACAAGAAUAAUCAUCCUUUAGUAAUUUUAUUGAUCAAACAAUGUUACUUCUAUUUGAUGUAUUAAUGAAUAAUCCAAAGGAUUCACUAUUCUAGGUUUUGCACUGAUACUACGUUUGCCUUCUUCAGGUAGGUUUAUUUCUGAUGGUUAUGCAUGGUUUUCAGCACUGCUGGCCACGCCAGAAUAUGGUCGCAUAAAAUGUCAAUGUGAAUGCCGAUAGAGCAUUUUGAUCAUGUGCAUUUGAAUAGAAGGCUCUGUUUAAGUACAUCUUGUAUAAAAUGUAAUAGAGCAGCUGUCGGAAUGAGAAGUUGAAGCCUAUUCUGCAUGCGGUUUACCCCUCCCUGAUCAUGUCUCGGCUUAAUUUGAAUAUAUUGUUACAGAAAUUCCCAAUUUGUGUUCAUAUUAGGCUAUGUCGAUAAUUAGGAUAACAUAUUGAUCAGCCGUUUCCAUGCAAUUAUUAAUUGUUAGCUAGUAGGCUAAAAUAGGCCUCACUGUUGGAUGCCUUGACUAAAUAAUUUACAAUAGAAUACCGUUCCACAAUCUCAAAGCUUCUGGAUUCGUUUAUACUCGAGCUAUUCUUCACCUAUGAAUAUUUUAAAGACAGCUAAGCAUGCAACCAAUGUAAAAAUCUGAGGGUGGAGACCGGCUGGAUGGAGAAUAUGUUUGCAAUUCUCUUCCCAUUCAUCAACGCUCCAUGAUACCAUUUUUGCUUAGCACCGUAGGUGAAUCUCAAUCAAUUACGUGACCUCUUCUUCUUGUCUCCUUACCUUCAUCCACGCUAACAUGGUCAUGGAAGGAGUGGACAAGUGGAAGAAAAUUCUCAGUAGUGGAGGCAUUCUUUCGCUUGCCCUGCGUUUUUAGAUAAAUGCAAAUGAAGUAGCUAGAGAGAGUUUGAGGAAGCUGUUUAAUUUACCCACACUAUUGAGAUGCACCCCGUGUGUAGGCCUAGGUUACAGCGUUUACAUCUUUGCACUGCUGACACAGAAAAUAUACAUAAGUAGCCUACAGUACACCGCUUUAUUUCUUAUAUUUUUUGUAAGAUUUUGGAUUUUAGACAAUAGACAUAGACAAAAGACAAUAGACAACUUAACAUUUCACAGACAUAGAUCCACUAAACUAAACACUACAUUGGCUGGGUGUCACGCCCUGACAUUGAGAUCUCUAGUUGAGUUGGUCAGGGUGUGAAAUCUAGUUUAUAUACACUGCUCAAAAAAAUAAAGGGAACACUAAAAUAACACAUCCUAGAUCUGAAUGAAUGAAAUAAUCUUAUUAAAUACUUUUUUCUUUACAUAACUUUUGCACUUUAUAGCACUCCCAGAAGGCAUGAAUUAUUGAGUCAUUGUUUGUUUUACACUUAAGACACGACUCUGACAUUGUGCUGUAGAAUUUGUGUAUUUUGUCUCUUGUAUAAUACAUUCUAUACAUUAGUUUAUACUUGAUUAAGCAUACAUUUUUGUUUGCUGUAAUUUUGUUAGUUAUAUGUUCCAACAUUUCCUCCAUCUUGUGCCGAUAUCAGUUCUUUUUAGGUCUUGGUUCCAAUAUUUAAAAAAAAUAAAUUCUAAGAGAUUGUCAGUUGGAUAGGCUCUCUGCAAGGUUUGUAGGCUAUAUCUUACCUAUCAAAUGAGUAUCCUUUUCUGACUCAAAUAGAAUAUCCUUAACAUUGCUUUGAUGUCCAAAAUAUUCUGCGAUAUAAAACUUUUAAGUUGCAUAUAUUUGAAAAAAGUACACUGCUUUAUUGCAAAUGUAGGCAUUAUAAAGAUAUGUUAAAUGAAAUAAUCUAACAAGCUAAACUACCCCCCUCCACCCACCCCCAUUACUAAGCCAAAGCCAAAAAAUCAAAGCAUUGUAAUAUCAUGCAACACAAAUAGACCUAAUGCAUAUGGAUUAGGGUCUAAAUCUUCUUGCUGACAAUCAGUAAUGACAGCUCAUGGCCAGAUAGAUAUUAUUGACUGACUGUGAACUCAUUCUCUGCCCUCAUCUCCCGUCUCUAGUUUGCCAUGGCGACCGUAGUGAUGGAGCAGAUUGGUCGCCUGUUCAUCAAUGCUCAACAGUUGCGUCAGAUCCCUCAGCUGCUCGAGUCGGCAUUCCCUACUCUGCCCUGCACCGUGAAGGCCGACGAUGUGCCCUGGGUGUUCCGUGAGCCUCACAUCAUCGGAGGCUACAGGCAGCCGGACCACAGCUGGCGCUACUACUUCCUCACCCUCUUCCAAAGGCACAACGAGGCACUCAAUGUGUGGACCCACCUGCUGGCUGCCUUCAUCAUCCUGGUCAAGUGCCAGGAGCUGUCCGAGACAGUGGAUUUCCUCCGUGACCCCCACGCCCAGCCCCUGUUUAUAGUCCUCCUCUCAGCCUUCACUUACCUGUCGUGCAGUGCCCUGGCCCACCUACUUAACGCCAAGUCCGAGCUCUCCCACUACACCUUCUACUUCCUGGACUAUGUGGGCGUGGCCAUCUACCAGUAUGGCAGCGCCCUGGCCCACUUCUACUACGCCAUCGAGGAGGGCUGGCAUGCCCGGGUGCGAGGGAUCUUCCUGCCCGCCGCAGCGUUCCUGGCCUGGUUCUCGUGCUUCGGCUGCUGCUACGGCAAGUAUGCCAGCCCGAGGCUGCCCAAGUUUGCCCACAAGCUGUUCCAGGUGGUGCCCUCGGGCCUGGCCUACUGCCUGGACAUCAGCCCCGUGCUGCACCGCAUCUAUAGCUGCCACCAGCAGGAGAGGGGCUGCUCCAACCAGGCCGUGGCUUACCACCGCUACCAGGUACUCUUUUUCCUGGUGAGCGCCUACUUCUUUGCCUGCCCCCACCCAGAGCGCUGGCUGCCUGGGCGAUGUGACUUCAUUGGCCAGGGUCACCAGAUCUUCCACGUGUUCCUGGUGCUGUGCACCCUGGUGCAGAUCGAGGCGACACGCAUAGACUACAUUGAGCGGAGGCCCCUCUAUGAGCGUCUCCACGGCAACCUGGCCCAUGACGCAGUGGCGCUCUUCGUCUUCACAGCAUGCUGCAGCGCACUCACUGCCUUCUACGUGCGGAAACGUGUGCAGGCGCAAAUGCGCGAGAAAGAGGAUUAGGAGACAUCAGGACAGACGGAUAUACAGUUGAAGUCUACAUACACCUUAGCCAAAUACAUUUCAACUCAGUUGUUCACAAUUCCUGACAUUUAACCCAAGUAAAAAUUCCCUGUCUUAGGUCAGCUAGGAUAACCACUUUAUUUUAAGAAUGUGAAAUGUCAGAAUAAUAGUAGAGAGAAUGAUUUAUUUCAGCUUUUAUUUCUUUCAUCACAUUCCCAGUGGGUCAGAAGUUUACAUACACUCAAUUAGUAUCUGGUAGCAUUGCCUUUAAAUUGUUUAACUUGGGUCAAAUGUUUUGGGUAGCCUUCCACAAGCUUCCCACAAUAAGUUGGGUGAAUUGUGGCCCAUUCCUCCUGACAGAGUUGGUGUAACUGAGUCAGGUUUGUAGGACUCCUUGCUCGCACACGCUUUUUCAGUUCUGCCCACAAAUGUUCUAUAGGAUUGAGGUCAGGGCUUUGUGAUGGCCACUCCAAUACCUUGACUUUGUUGUCCUUAAGCCAUUUUGCCUCAAGUUUGGAAGUAUGCUUGGGGUCAUUGUCCAUUUGGAAGACACAUUUGCGACCAAGCUUUAACUUCCUGACUGAUGUCUUGAGAUGUUGCUUCAUUAUAUCCACAUAAUUUUACUUCAUUAUGAUGCCAUCUAUUUUGUGAAGUGCACCAAUCCUUCCUGCAGCAAAGCACUUCCACAGCAUGAUACUGCCACCCCCGUGCUUCACGGUUGGGAUGGUGUUCUUCAGCUUGCAAGCGACCCCCUUUUCCCUCCAAACAUAACGAUGGUCAUUAUGGCCAAACAGUUAUAUUUUUGUUUCUUCAGACCAGAGGACAUUUCUCCAAAAAGUACGAUCUUUGUCCCCAUGUGCAGUUGCAAACCGUAGUCUGGCUUUUUUUAUGGCGGUUUUGGAGCAGUGGCUUCUUCCUUGCUGAGUGGCCUUUCAGGUUAUGUCGAUAUAGGACUCGUUUUACUGUGGAUAUAGAUACUUUUGUACCUGUUUCCUCCAGCAUCUUUACAAGGUCCUUUGCUAUUGUUCUGGGAUUGAUUUGCCCUUUUCGCACCAAAGUACGUUCAUCUCUAGGAGACAGAACGCGUCUCCUUCCUGAGCGGUAUUGUCACGACUUCCGCCGAGGCUGCCUCCCCACCUUGUUCGGGCAGGCUUCGGCACUCAUCGUCACUGGCUUACUAACCACUGCCGCUCCGAUAUUCAUCAUUCCAUUUGUCUUGUCAUUACACACACCUGGUUCUUAUCCCCUCGUUAGUCCAUGUAUAAGUGUUCCCUCUGCCCCCUUGUCCUUGUGGGUGAUUGUUAUUAUGUGAGAGUAGUGUAGCUCGGUGGAGCUACUCGUACCUAUUUGUUGCGGGGGUAGAUAUUUUCCCCUGUGCCUAUUAAUGUUGGAGCUACCAUUACAGUGUAUUGCCAGGGAAGAUAGUUUCCCCUGUGCCUGUUUCGUUUGUCGCUAUCUAGCGCAUUUUGGUGUAAAGACGGAUUAAACUCUAUAUUCGGUGAUUACCCUCCUGUGCCUGACUCCUUCUAUCACAGUCAUCACAGAUAUGACGGCUACGUGGUCCCAUGGGGUUUAUACUUGCAUACUAUUGUUUGUACAGAUGAACGUGGUACCUUCAGGCAUUUGGAAAUUGCUCCCAAGGAUGAACCAGACUUGUGGAGGUCUACAAUUCUUUUUCUGAGGUCUUGGCUGAUUUAUUUUGAUCUUCCCAUGAUAUCAAGCAAACUGAGUUUGAAGGUAGGCCUUGAAAUACAUCCACAGGUACACCUCCAAUUGACUCAAAUGAUGUCAAUUAGCAUAUCAGAAGCUUCUAAACCCAUGACAUCAUUUUCUGGAAUUUUCCAAGCUGUUUAAAGGCACAGUCAACUUAGUGUAUGUAAACUUCUGACCCACUGGAAUUGUGAUACAGUGAAUUAUAAGUGAAAUAAUCUGUCUGUAAACAAUUGUUGGAAAAAUGACUUGUGUCAUGCACAAAGUAGAUGUCCUAACCGACAUGCCAUAUACAGUGGGGAAAAAAAGUAUUUAGUCAGAAACCAAUUGUGCAAGUUCUCCCACUUAAAAAGAUGAGAGAGGCCUGUAAUUUUCAUCAUAGGUACACGUCAACUAUGACAGACAAAUUGAGAAAAAAAAAUCCAGAAAAUCACUUUGUAGGAUUUUUUAUGAAUUUAUUUGCAAAUUAUGGUGGAAAAUAAGUAUUUGGUCACCUACAAACAAGCAAGAUUUCUGGCUCUCACAGACCUGUAACUUCUUCUUUAAGAGGCUCCUCUGUCCUCCACUCGUUACCUGUAUUAAUGGCACUUGUUUGAACUUGUUAUCAGUAUAAAAGACACCUGUCCACAACCUCAAACAGUCACACUCCAAACUCCACUAUGGCCAAGACCAAAGAGCUGUCAAAGGACACCAGAAACAAAAUUGUAGACCUGCACCAGGCUGGGAAGACUGAAUCUGCAAUAGGUAAGCAGCUUGGUUUGAAGAAAUCAACUGUGGGAGCAAUUAUUAGGAAAUGGAAGACAUACAAGACCACUGAUAAUCUCCCUCGAUCUGGGGCUCCACGCAAGAUCUCACCCCGUGGGGUCAAAUUGAUCACAAGAACGGUAAGCAAAAAUCCCAGAACCACACGGGGGGACCUAGUGAAUGACCUGCAGAGAGCUGGGACCAAAGUAACAAAGCCUACCAUCAGUAACACACUACGCCGCCAGGGACUCAAAUCCUGCAGUGCCAGACGUGUCCCCCUGCUUAAGCCAGUACAUGUCCAGGCCCGUCUGAAGUUUGCUAGAGUGCAUUUGGAUGAUCCAGAAGAGGAUUGGGAGAAUGUCAUAUGGUCAGAUGAAACCAAAAUAUAACUUUUUGGUAAAAACUCAACUCGUCGUGUUUGGAGGACAAAGAAUGCUGAGAGAACACCAUACCUACUGUGAAGCAUGGGGGUGGAAACAUCAUGCUUUGGGGCUGUUUUUCUGCAAAGGGACCAGGACGACUGAUCCGUGUAAAGGAAAGAAUGAAUGGGGCCAUGUAUCGUGAGAUUUUGAGUGAAAACCUCCUCCCAUCAGCAAGGGCAUUGAAGAUGAAACGUGGCUGGGUUCUUUCAGCAUGACAAUGAUCCCAAACACACCGCCCGGGCAACGAAGGAAUGGCUUCGUAAGAAGCAUUUCAAGGUCCUGGAGUGGCCUAGCCAGUCUCCAGAUCUCAACCCCAUAGAAAAUCUUUGGAAGGAGUUGAAAGUCCGUGUUGCCCAGCGACAGCCCCAAAACAUCACUGCUCUAGAGGGGAUCUGCAUGGAGGAAUGUGCCAAAAUACCAGCAACAGUGUGUGAAAACCUUGUGAAGACUUACAGAAAACGUUUGACCUGUGUCAUUGCCAACAAAGGGUAUAUAACAAAGUAUUGACAAAACUUUUGUUAUUGACCAAAUACUUAUUUUCCACCAUAAUUUGCAAAUAAAUUCAUAAAAAAUCCUAUAAUGUGAUUUUCUGGAAUUUUUUUUCUCAUUUUGUCUUUCAUAGUUGACGUGUACCUAUGAUGAAAAUUACAGGCCUCUCUCAUCUUUUUAAGUGGGAGAACUUGCACAAUUGGUGGCUGACUAAAUACUUUUUUGCCCCACUGUAUCUCCCGAGUGGCGCAGUUGUCUAAGGCACUGCAUCGCAGUGCUAGCUGUGCCACUAGAGAUCCUGGUUCGAAUCCAGGCUCUGUCGUAGCCGGCCGUGACCGGGAGACCCAUGGGGCGGCGCACAAUUGGCCCAGCGUCGUCUAGGGUAGGGGAGGGAAUGGCCGGCAGGGAUGUAGCUCAGUUGGUAGAGCAUGGCGUUUGCAACGCCAGGGUUGUGGGUUCGAUUCCCACCGGGGUAUGAAAAAUUGUAUGAAAAAAAAAUAUAUAUCAUGUAUGCACUCACUAACUGUAAGUCGCUCUGGAUAAGAGCGUCUGCUAAAUGACUAAAAUGUAAUGCCAAAACGAUAGUUUGUUAACAAGAAAUGUGUGGAGUGGUUGAAAAACAAGUUUUAAUGACUCCAACCUAAGUGUAUGUAAACCUCCAACUUCAACUGUAGGAGGAUAAGGGAGGAAGACUUUAAUCUGAUUUACACUGGAAAGCUACAAAGACAAGAGAUUAAAGCAAUCAGAUUGUUCAUUUUGUAAAAAGAUACCAGUAUGUAAAAACAAUGACCUGCUGUUUUUUUUUUUUUUUUGUGGGUUGCCAAAUGACAUUUUAAACUGGCAACAUAGACUUUGUCUUGCGAUGUUGACCUUCCAGGAAGACAGAAAAAUCCUGGUACUCUCUGUCUUUCACAGCACAGGCAGUACCUGUAACACUCCAAAUAAGGUCUUUGCACUUCACAGAGAGGGUAAAAUGACGUUUUUUUCCCCUCUUAAUGUUCCACUCUCCACUGUGAAAUCACAAGUCAUUGCCUGGCUAUCUACUGAAUAGUCGGAAUGACUGUUUGACUACAUACUGUACUGACUGACCAACACCAAGCAUGACACAAACCAUCUCAAUAGAGGUAUGCAGGAAAGAAUGGAAAGUAUACCCACGUUGCCCUUAAGUCAAUAAUCAAAUAAAUAAUUAUAAUAAUUUCUCACCAGCUUUUAUUUCUUAAAAAUACAAUGUGAGUUUCAAAGCGAUUUGACUCCCAAGUCAAAUGUUAGUGCCUAACAAAGACCAGUAUUCUUGUAUUUAUUUUUCCUUGGUUAUCCCAUGAUAUUCCAGCGAGCUGCAGUCAACACUGCCAAAUUAUGUCUCCCCUGCUCAUUCUCUGUGUUUUAUCUGCCAUUUUCUCCAAAGCUAUGUUUGCUAAGUGAUUGAGAUGCCUAUACAGGCUGUCAGAUAAAAUAGACUGGCAGUUAGACUGGGCUAGAGGCAUAGAGCACACAAUUUGCAAACCAAACAGAACUUUUCCCCUCUAAGAUGCAUCAAUUGGCCAUUUUACUAACAUGCAGAUUGGUCAUUUCAAAGAACAAAGCUGGCACUCUUAGGAUAGUUGGCGUAAGAGAUGGAUUGCUAUGAUGUCUCUUUGACGUUGUGAUAAUGUUCCUUUUGUAUUCAAAGGUCUGGAACUUCAGCUUUUGCCUGUUCACACCCCAUGAUGUCAAUGCCUUUGUGUUUAUUGUUCAGUCUUUUCAUGGACUUGACUUUACUCACAAAAGGGCUGUCUGGAGUAUGGUGACUUACUGUUUGUAUAUUUGUAUAUGUAUGGUUGGGUAUGUACGUGCCUUGAAGCAUGUCUCUUUGCGUGUAUAGAUGUUUGUGUGUGAUUCAGAUGUGAAUGUGCCUGUCUUUGCACUGCUUUCUUAUAUUUGAGACCCUCCUCAAGAACAUUCUAGUCCUUUAACGUCCUCUCAAGUCCCUUAGGGUGACAUUUUAAGUCUGUCACAGCAGUGAAAGGUGGAAGAAUUACUCACAAUACAGCAGGAUUUAUUUUAAAACCUAUUUUGAUGAUGUCCAUGAGACAGUGGCAACGAUUUAUUCAGAGCUAAAGUAAACAAUGCAUUUAUUAAACAGGUAUUCAAAUCAGGACCUGGAGACAAUAAUUCCAAUACUCAUUUUGAAUGAAAUGCCAUUUAACCUCUUCAUCACUAGGCACCUGGCUAAAGCGCCUGCCUCGAAAAUGCAUGCCCAAAUUGAAUAGAGUAUAUCUCAAAAACGACAAGGGCUAUAAACAUAAUCGUGGUAGCAAAAGAAAGGUAACACGUGAGAUGUAUCUUGAAGUGAAAUAAUGAAUGUGGGUAUUACUGUGUCAGAGUACAUGAAGCUAGAACACAGCAUAAAUAGGGAGGUUUUGAUUCCGCCUGAAAGUAACUUCAGGUUUUAUAGGGAAUGAUUUAUUGGACUUAUGCAGCUGCAGCCCCUAAACACUAUGGGACCAUAGCCCAAUAUCUGAUGAGUACUUAUGUGAAGUUUGAUGCCAAUAAAGUAAAGUAAACCAAAGUUGUAGGGGUUUUAGUUGAAGUAUGUUUGGGGUGGUGCACAAUUCGUCCAGGGUAGGGGAGGGAAUGGCCAGCAGGGAUGUAGCUCAGUUGGUAGAGCAUGGUGUUUGCAACGCCAGGGUUGUGGGUUGGAUUCCCACGGGUGGCUAGUAUGAAAAAGAAUGUAUGCACUCACUAACUGUAAGUCGCUCUGGAUAAGAGCGUCGGCAAAAUGACGUAAAUGUAAAAAAUGUGGGUAGAUUUGGCCACCAUCAGUGCCAUUUGACUUUUAUCAUGUACCAGACAGCAAAAGUCAUUUAAUUUCACUAACAUAUCACUAUAUGUGUACAUUCCAUCAAAAUACAACUGUUUUGAUGUUGUUUCCAAUGUUCUUCCAGACCUCUAUACGUGUUCCCAUUAAAAUAAACCAUACAAUGGGAAGGUUUGACUCCAAACUGAGUAGAUCUAUUAGAAACUAUAAACAACAAAUUUAAAAACAAAAAGUCCACACAUCCCAAAACUAUAAACAAUGAUAUGGUGUCCUUGGGUGGGUUGUCACACAAAAUGUAUACCCUUUUCACCCUAAAUCUUGCUGUCGUGCCAAUCCUUGAAACAGUUACGCUUUGAUGUAAUGCACAAAGGGACUUGGCACUUCCUGCAGUACAAAGGUGUUUUCACUUUGGGAAUGCCAAAAUCCAGCCAUCUCCUACAGUUCUUCCUGUCUUUGCUGGCAUCAUCACCAUAGUAUUCUGGCAUGCAGGAUGUUGGUGGUGGUCGUGGUGGAGGUUGUGGUUCAGACUGUUUAGCAAAGCUCACCAUUUCUGUGGUAGCUUUUCCCUGAACUUCUUCUGUGUGUACGGCUUAGUGGGGUUGUUCUUAUGGAGUUCUUUGUGAAGUAGGAAACUAUUUACAACAGCAAUAUCAACUAAAUGAAAAAGAAAAGUCUUAUACCAUUUCAUCGUCUUGUGGUGAACACUGUAGUAUCCAAUCAAUGUGUCGGAUAAAGGAAAGGGGAGACCAUGACGCAGUGGUGUCGAUUGUCGGGCCUGAGACUCUGGUGGGCAUAAACCAGAUUGGUCUGGUCGUUCAUCAUUCUCUUCUCUAUUAUGACACCUAUCUUCUUCUUCCUCUUCGACUCUUCGACUCUUGGAGUGGCAGGCCUAGAAUUAAAUUAGCACAUUGCUGUGAUUGAAACAAACUACUGACUUCAUCUUCAAACACAUUCUUGGCCGUGUAAAACGAUGGAAACUCAUUGAAAUCGACUCGGAAUGAGGGAAAGACACUAGAGUAUCUUUUCAAGUGGUUUUAUUCGAUCAGACACUACUUUUGGUAACAAAAACAACAAAGGUAAGACGCAGUUUGUUGUUGUGAUAAAAAAAUGGAAGUUUGUUAUUGACUUUGAUUAAUAGUUUAGUGAGUGUUGGUCAUAGAGGAACACUGCUAUCACUGUUGGAAUCUGUGAGGUAGCAGCUUUCGAAUGGUGUAUGUAGGUUGAGAAAAACAAGUUAUCUGUCUACGAAUAUACGGGCAUGCACGGUUUCAAAAUACAGUACUGGUUUUGCUAAUUGCUUAUAUAUUUGCUUGGAGUCUGAAUAUUAUUUCAUUUGGGCAACAACAGUUUAGCUAGAUUCACACUUGAGACGCUUCUCGUUUCAGUAGUGUAUAACAUUCAUGUAUUCACACAUGUUUAAAAACCAUACUACGUCAUUGUUUGAGAUUGCGGGAGGAGUACCCCGGAUAUGGGGAACCUCGUGAUGAAGAGGUUAAACUGUUCAUUUUAGAUUAAUAUGAUAAUGUUGCCCUAGUGUUCUGUUGUGAGAUGCCUCCUAAAAUUAAUGUAAUUUUAUAUGUGCUGAUCAGGUUGGAGGUUUGAGGUGGCAUUGAACAGACCUGAGAGCACUGAUGGGUUUGGGCUCAGCCAAAGUCACUGA